AGAUAAUUUGCCGUAUACUCCAGUAGUAUAUUUUCAACCAGUGCUAUUCUAUAGUGCACUAGGUCAUGUAGGAUGCAAAGGAACUAUUGGAAACAUGCAACCCAACAAUAUUACAUUGUUGCAAUUAACAGAACUACAUAAACCUCUUGAAUUAGUGGAAGCCACAAAUGCAAGUUCAAAAGAUACUACCAGUACUAUGAUAACUGAUACAGGAAAUGUUUUGUCCUUGCAGCCAGUAUUUGUAGAUGAGAGACAUGAUGAUGCUAAUAAAUUUGAUGGUCGUUUUACUUUUACUUCAGCUGAUAAAGAUUUACAACUGUAUUUCAAUAGUGUUUAUCAAAGAGAACAAUCAGGUGAUGCAGCAUUACAAAAUGUUGAAGAUCCUAAAGAUGAAGUAGUGACUAUCUUUCAAAAUAAGUUGUUAUCCCAGGAUGCUGAUGGUAGUUAUGAUAAUAGUGAUGAUAGAGAUGCUCUUGCAAUAGCACCAAAUAAGGACAUUUCUGAUUCACAGGAAAACAGUGCUAAUGACAACUUAUCGGUUAGUGACAGGGUGACUCCUACUCCUACUUUAAGUGAUCAUGAUAGCUCAGAUGGUGAUGUUAUUCCUUUAUCAAAACUUAAUAAAGAAGAACUAGCAGACAACAAUCCACUUCUGCUUGAAGUCAACAGAUUAUGUCGUAACAUUAAUAUUGGGGACAUUACUCAUGAAAGUGUUAUUUUAAGUUUUAAUGAAUACUUUGUUGAGUUCAAUAGACAAUUUAAGCAGCUUGUAUGCUCCCAGAACCCAGUGCAGUCAGUGAUAUGUUUAGUUGUACAGACAGCUUAUAAAUUGUGUGUGGAUUACAUACUAGAAGGACCAGUAAUGAAAACAUUCAACGAUUCUCCUCAUAGCACUAUUAAUCAAUUGCCAAAAGCAGUUGAAGAUAUUCUAUUAAGCAGAAAUAAACUUGAAGCUAUAUUCAAACCUUGCUUAAUUAAUAAUGAUGAUCACUGGGAACUAUUAAAGACCAGUUAUAGUUACCUGUUGUGUAUAUCAAAAGCAAGAUCACUCCGCCCCUUCAUUGAAAUUCAGAAUCAGACAUUAGCUAUUGUUUCUGAUCAGAUAGAAGAACCAAUACAAAAGCUAAUAGAACAAGCUGUUCAUGUCACAUGGGAUAUGGUUACAUUAGUGCCACCUGCUAUUCUUGCUCAACCACCAGACAUUAAUGAAGAAUGGCAUGAGAUACGAACCACUUACUGGAAUGACAGCACUCAUAAUCCUUUGAUCUAUUUUAAACCAGUAUUAUUUUACAGUGCAUUAGGACAAGUAGCAUGUAAAGGAGAAGUAGGUAAUGUUUUACGAAGUAAUGCAGUUGUGUUGCAUCAUCAAGAACCUGAGACAAGAAGUCAGCAAAGUAGCGAAAACAUAUCACAUGAGGCAUAUCCUGUACCAGAUUUGAGCAUUAUGCUUAAUGAAGCUGAUGAUGAAAUAUCUAAUCAGGUCGAAAAAAAUGAGUUACAGCUAAAAGUCUUCCAUAGUGUAUCAAUUAAGACAAGUCCUCCAGCAAAGAUUUCAUAUGCUCCGGAAUAUGAAGUUGCUUGGAGAUCUUGUUCAAACUGUGGGGCAAAUGCCAUGAUCAGUGAUAGAUCAACUUGUGAACAUUGUAAUAAUUCUGCACCAGACUAUUUGGCAUGGUCAAUAUUAACACUCUUGUGCUGCUUCUGGCCUUUUAGUAUUCUUGCCUUAGUUUACUCCAUGGAGACAAGGCAUCAUAACGCUAGCAGCAAUUAUAAAAGAGCUUCUAAAUCAUCAAAAAUGGCAAUGAUAUAUAAUUAUUUUUCUUUUUUCACUGGAAUUUUAUUGAUAAUAAUCCUUACAAUGUCUGUGGCAGCCUUUCUAGUAUAUUGUGCUUUGUAUUAAUGGAUUAUAAUAAUAAUUUCAUUAUAGUUUUUGUAUUUUUAUAAUAGUAGCAUAAUUAACUAGCAUAGUAA